AAAAGAAAAAAAAAGAAAAAAGAAUCUCCAAAUUUCCCCAUCCGCUGCCCAGCCAUCCGCGGCGCCCGCCUCCCCCGAUCGAUCGAAGCUUCGGCUUCCCCUGACAGAGGCCGGCGCGAAAACACCCCAUCAAACCCCGCUCAAAACCCACCAGACCGUUGCCGCGCGCCGAUUCGAACCCGCCGGAGCAGGAGCCGGCGCCUUCUCGCCCCGCGGAGGCGGCGCGGGGCGAAACCCUAGCGAUGGCGGCGUCCGUGGACUCUGCGGCGGCGGUGGCGGUGGCACCCCCCGCGGUGGUCUCCGCCGUGGAUGAGGCCGGUGGCGCGGUGGAGCAGGCCAGGACGCUCAUCGGCGCGCUCAACCUGCUCUCCCGCAACCUCCCGCUUCCCCCCGACGUCCUGCGCGCCGUCUCGUCCAUCUACCACGACGGCGGUUCCGGUCACCCGGAGGAGGAGGAGGAGGAGGAGGAGGAGGGGGAGGCGGAGAAGGAAGGGGAUGAGGAGAUGGCGGUCGCGGAUGCCGCGGGGGAGGGUUGCACGGAGGGCGCCGCUGACGGUGCUGCCGAGGGGGCUACCUUGAUUGAAGAGCUUGAAGAUGCGAUAUUUAAGAAUCAAAGAAUGCCCGUAUCCUACUCAGAUUUGGCUGCUCUGAAAGAAGGACGAUUCAAUGCAUCCAUCCAGCAUCGGCUAGCUGAACUCGAAGGGUUACCUUCUACUAGGGGUGAAGACUUGCAAAUGAAGUGUUUGCUUGAGUUGUACGGGCUAAAGUUGUUAGACUUACAGAAGAAAGUGCGGUCCGAUAUCAGCGCAGAAUAUUGGCUACACAAGAAAUGUGCGUAUCCUGAGAGGCAACUGUUUGACUGGGGGAUGAUGCGGAUACGAUAUCCUUUUGCCAUGUAUGGGAUAGGAGAUAGCUUUUUAAUGGAUGCUGAUGAUGUUCACCGCAAAAAGAGAUUCACAGAGAGGAUGUCAAGACUUGAAGAGGAAGAAAAAAUUCAGGCAGAUAUAAGGAAGAGGAAGUUUUUUACAGAAAUUCUCAACGCUUCUAGGGAACACCAGGUGCAAUUGGCAACUACAUUCAAACAAAGAAAGCAGCGGAAUGAUGGAGUUCAGGCAUGGCAUCUUCGGGCACGUCAGCGUAUCUCACGGCAAGAGAAAAAUAGAUUGAAUCUUCUGAAAAUCGGUGAUCAAGAAGCGUAUAUGAGGAUGGUUGAGGAGAGCAAGAAUGAACGUCUGAAAAUGCUCCUUGACAAAACAAAUGAGCUUCUUGAAGGAAUUGGGAAAGCUGUACAGCGACAAAAAGAUGCUGAGCAUGUUAGUCAGCCAGAAGGAGCUGAAGUGCCAAAAGGGUCAGAAUCUGAGGAUUAUUCGCAAAUCUCAGAUGUCAAAAAUGAAUCACCUGGGGAGUCUCCUUCAGAUGACCUUCCUGGUUCGGCAGAUGAACGUAAAUUCAAUGCAGGACGUAGGCUUGAUUUUACUGUCCAUUCCAUUGAAGAGAAGGUAACAGAACAACCAUCAGCUCUCGAAGGUGGGGAAUUAAGGUCAUAUCAACUGGAGGGUCUCCAAUGGAUGCUUUCUUUAUUUAACAACAAUUUGAAUGGCAUUCUGGCUGAUGAGAUGGGUCUGGGAAAAACAAUUCAGACCAUAGCAUUGAUCGCUUAUCUGUUGGAGAAGAAAGAGGUCCCAGGGCCACACUUAAUAAUUGCUCCAAAAGCAGUAUUGCCAAAUUGGUCAAAUGAAUUCAAAACUUGGGCUCCCAGCAUUGCUACAAUUCUGUACGAUGGUCGUCCAGAUGAGCGGAGGGCUCUAAGGGAUAAGAAUUUUGAUAUGCAUGGACUACAAUUUAAUGUUUUGCUCACGCAUUAUGAUUUGAUACUGAAAGACAAGAAGUUCCUAAAGAAGGUUCACUGGCAUUAUUUGAUUGUUGAUGAAGGACAUCGUCUGAAAAACCAUGAAUGUGCUCUUGCUCGCACACUAGUUUCCGGAUAUCAGAUCCGCCGCAGACUACUUUUAACUGGCACUCCGAUCCAAAACAGCCUACAAGAGCUGUGGUCUUUGCUAAACUUUAUUCUGCCCAAUAUUUUUAAUUCAUCCCAGAAUUUCGAGGAAUGGUUUAAUGCACCAUUUGCAUGCGAUGUCAGUCUUAAUGAUGAGGAACAGCUACUAAUCAUACAUCGUUUGCAUCAAGUUUUGCGUCCAUUUUUGUUGAGGAGGAAGAAAGAUGAAGUGGAAAAAUAUCUUCCUGUGAAAACACAAGUAAUUCUCAAGUGUGACAUGUCUGCUUGGCAAAAAGCAUACUAUGAACAAGUCACAAGCAGGGAAAGGGUUGCACUAGGAUCUGGUCUCAGAUCAAAGGCUCUGCAAAAUCUGUCAAUGCAGCUUAGGAAGUGUUGCAACCAUCCCUACCUAUUUGUAGAGCAUUAUAACAUGUAUCAGCGGGAAGAAAUUGUUAGAGCAUCAGGAAAGUUUGAAUUGCUUGAUCGUCUACUUCCAAAACUGCAGAGAGCUGGCCAUAGGGUUCUACUUUUCUCUCAGAUGACAAAACUGCUUGACGUUUUGGAAGUAUAUUUGCAAAUGUACAGUUUCAAGUACAUGAGGCUUGAUGGAUCCACAAAGACUGAAGAACGAGGAAGGUUACUGGCAGAUUUUAAUAAGAAGGAUUCAGAAUAUUUCAUGUUUCUCCUCAGCACACGUGCCGGAGGCCUUGGAUUGAACUUGCAGACUGCAGACACUGUCAUUAUCUUUGAUAGUGACUGGAACCCUCAAAUGGACCAGCAAGCUGAAGAUCGUGCCCAUCGUAUAGGACAAAAGAAUGAAGUGCGUGUAUUUGUUCUCGUUAGUGUUGGCUCAAUUGAAGAAGAGAUCUUGGACCGUGCGAAACAGAAGAUGGGUAUUGAUGCAAAAGUUAUCCAGGCUGGGCUAUUUAACACAACUUCCACUGGUGAGUUUGAACGCCACAGUUCCUCAAUAUUUAAUUUUCUCUGCAUGUACCCAUUGUAUUUUAACAUGAUAUAUUUUCAUGUCAUUUCCAUUACAGCACAGGACAGGCGAGCCUUGCUGCAGGAGAUCCUCAGGAGAGGCACAAGCUCGCUGGGAACUGAUAUCCCCAGUGAGCGUGAGAUAAAUCGUUUGGCUGCUCGAAAUGAUGAAGAGUUCUGGUUGUUUGAGAAGAUGGAUGAGGAAAGGAGGCAAAGAGAAAACUACAAAUCUAGACUUAUGGACGGAAAUGAGGUUCCAGACUGGGUCUUUGCCAAUAAUGAAACUGUAACCAAGAGGACCGUGGCAGACGAAUUCGAGAAUAUUUCAGUUGGUUCGAAGAGACGUAGGAAGGAGGUCGUCUAUUCAGACUCCUUCAGCGACCAGUGGAUGAAAUCCGAUGAGGGAUUUGAGGACAUUCGAAAGAUAACUCCAAGAGCAAAGAGGACCUCUUAUUUAUCUGACAUACAAGAAGUUGAUUUUAGCGAGAGGAGGAAGAGGCCUAGAUCUCUAGAGAACAGCGCAGAUGGUGCAAGCAACCCAUCGUGGACACCUGACAAAGGAAGGGCUGGAGUUUCAUCGUACAGCAAGGAUGAGACUGAAGAUGAUGGUGAAGAUGAAGUCAUUACCAGUGGUUUACAGAAGGGAAACAGUUUCACAUGGAAGACCCUUGGAAGAAAAAGGUCGAGCCACUUCAGUUCGUCGUCGGACUCAAAAGGGCGUCCGUCAUUCUAAUGCCCUUGAUGCGUUUGUCUGAUUGAUGAGUCCUUCCAGAAUGGAAGUACCCCUGUAGACUAGCUAGCAGGGUUACGCUCUAGAAGUACCUUCCAACUUCAAGCUUAUGAAGUUUAGGAUUAGUAGUAUACUGUAUGGACUUUUUUGGCAUGAAUUUGUAACUAAGUUAAACUUAAAUUUCGUUACUUUUCAAACUCAAAAGUGCGGGUUGUGAUUAUGGGUAUACUGGUGGUGGUUGUUAUUUUAAAUUUUGCUGUGGUGCCUUCA